AUGCUGUUUGGUUUCCUUGCUUUCGUUGCAUUUGCUUCGGCCGAGCCGACUGCCUCUAACCCGCAGCCGUAUGCGGGUGUCGUGCAGGCCAGGCAGGCAUAUGAUCCUCAGACGAGUAAUGCGUCCUCGUUGGAAGUGGACCUUGGAUACAGCGUCUAUCGAGGAUAUGCGAACGCUACUUCCCACGUCAACGUCUUCAGAGGGUGAGUUCUGCGCAAUCAUGGACUUCAAUAUCAACGUCUAAUUCUUUGCCAGAAUUCGAUUUGCUCAACCGCCGGGCGACUCAUUGAGAUGGCAGGCUCCACGAGCGCCGACUGUGAAUCGCACCGCCGUCAUUCCCGCCACGGAAUACGCAGCACAGUGCCCGCAGAGCCCUGAUGCCUCGUACUCGAUUAUGGCCGUCAACGAGACCGGAGCAUCCGAAGACUGUCUCUUCUUGAACGUCUAUGCGCCGAACAAUGCUUCCGGGCCUCUUCCUGUCUACUUCUACAUCCAUGGAGGGGGCUACGGCGCUGGAAACGGCAGAUACAACCUCCAGAACAUCAUCAAUACCAACGACAACCGGUUCGUCGCUGUCAGCAUUCAAUACCGCUUAGGUGCCUUUGGCUUCCUCUCCUCAGACGAACUCUACCGCAAGGGCGUGGUGAACGCUGGAAUCUUGGAUCAGGUGAUGGCAUUGCAAUGGGCACAGCAGUACAUCCACCUCUUUGGCGGCGAUUCGGAUCAGAUCACAAUCGCUGGAGAGAGCGCUGGUGGUGGCUCCGUCAUGCUGCUUGAUAUGGCGUACGGCGGUUCUCUGGGCACACAGCUUUUCAGGAAUAGCAUUGCGGCGAGCCCUUAUCUUCCGAUGCAGUACGGAUACAAAGACUGGAUUCCGUCCCAGUCAUACUAUUCUCUUGCAGCUGCGGUUGGGUGCGACACCAUGAAGCCAUACGGAGCGAAUCACUCUGUUCCUACAUUCGAAUGCUUGCGGAACGUCAGCUCUGCUGCCCUAGUAAAUGCCAGCGCACUGAUUUCGCAAAGUGGAACAUAUGGGACUUGGUGAGUUGUUACCUUCAAGCCACCUGGAAGUUUUGGCUAACAUGCCACAGGGCGUUUCUACCAGUCACCGAUGGUAUUCUAAUUCAGGAUACGCCCUCUCGCCAACUGGGCCGCCGCAAGGUGAACGGAAUCAAUGCCUUGGUGGGCAACAACGCCAACGAAGGACCGGGCUUCACACCACAAAACAUCCACACUGAGGACGACCUACUAGCCUGGCUGCGCCUUACAUUCCCACUAUUCUCUAACAACGAUAUUGCCAAGAUUCUUUACUACUACCCCAGCACCAAUGCCUCGGUGGAUCCCAGCGAUCCUCUCUUCGCAACCACGGGAAAUAGUGGGCCAACUGCUCUCAAUCAAAGCAGCGUCGGCACAGGCCAACAGCAGCGCGCCGACAAUAUCUACGCAGAGACAACUUUCGUUUGUCCCAGUUACUGGCUCACAGAAGCCUAUUCGAACAACGCUCUCGGAGGCUCAGCAUACAAAUACCAAUACUCCGUCCCACCCGCCCGUCACGCAGACGAAGUUAAUUCAUGGGUCAACUGGCCCGGCACUUUACCAUACAGUUACGAUUUCGCUGUUGCUUUCCAGAGAAUCUAUGGCAAUUUCAUCACCACAUCCAAUCCUUCCAUUUCGAACGCUGUGGCCAAUGGAUUGACCACUGGAAAUGCGAGUGGAAGUGUCGGUGCGAAUGCUGCGUCGACUUGGCCGCCUUUCAGUAUUUAUGCUCCGUACCAGAUCGAUCUGAACAUCACGUGCGGCACUCAGAGGGUCACGAAUGAUGAUGGGACGUUUUUCUGUUAUGGGCCGGGAACUUUCAAUCAGUUUCGGGAGGUGAAUGCGUAUACGUGGGAAGGUGUAAGAGGCACUCGGUGUGAUUUCUGGAGGGCUAUGGGGGAGAUUGUUCCGGAGUAG